CAGAGCGGACAGGGGCGCACGGGAGGCGCGCAGAGUUCUCGGCUGCCUGCGCUCGCCGCGCCUGGGGAAUUGGGCUGUGGGCGAGGCGGCCCGGGCUGGCCUUUAUCGCUCGCUGGGCUCGUCGUUUGAAACUUUAUCAGCGAGUCUCGCCACUCGCUGCAGACGCGAGCGGGGGGCGGGGGCGCGGCGAGGCGCCGGCGGCCGUGACGAGGCCCUCCCGGCGCUGAGCGCUUCUGCUCCGGGCACGCAUGGCGCCCGCACACGGAGUCUGACCUGAUGCGGACGCAAGGGGGUUAAUAUGAACGCCCCUCUCGGUGGAAUCUGGUUCUGGCUCCUUCUGGUCUUGACCUGGCUCACCCCCGAGGUCAGCUCUUCAUGGUGGUACAUGAGAGCUACAGGUGGCUCCUCCAGGGUGAUGUGUGACAAUGUGCCAGGCUUGGUGAGCCGCCAGCGCCAGCUGUGCCACCGACACCCAGACGUGAUGCGAGCCAUUGGCCUGGGCGUGGCCGAGUGGACCACAGAGUGCCAGCACCAGUUCCGCCAGCAUCGCUGGAACUGCAAUACCCUAGACAGGGAUCACAGCCUCUUUGGCAGGGUCCUACUCAGAAGUAGUCGGGAAUCUGCCUUUGUUUAUGCCAUCUCCUCAGCUGGAGUUGUAUUUGCCAUCACCAGGGCCUGUAGCCAAGGAGAAUUAAAAUCCUGUUCCUGUGAUCCAAAGAAGAAGGGAACCGCCAAGGACAGCAAGGGCACUUUCGAUUGGGGUGGCUGCAGUGAUAACAUUGACUAUGGGAUCAAAUUUGCCCGAGCAUUUGUGGAUGCCAAGGAGAGGAAAGGAAAGGACGCCAGAGCCCUGAUGAAUCUUCACAACAACAGAGCUGGCAGGAAGGCUGUAAAGCGGUUCUUGAAACAAGAGUGCAAGUGUCAUGGUGUGAGUGGCUCAUGUACUCUGAGGACAUGCUGGCUGGCCAUGGCUGACUUCAGAAAAACGGGCGACUAUCUCUGGAGGAAGUACAAUGGGGCCAUCCAGGUGGUCAUGAACCAGGAUGGCACCGGUUUCACUGUGGCUAACAAGAGGUUUAAGAAGCCAACGAAAAAUGACCUCGUGUAUUUUGAGAAUUCUCCAGACUACUGUAUCAGGGACCGAGAGGCAGGCUCCCUAGGUACAGCAGGCCGUGUGUGCAACCUGACUUCCCGAGGCAUGGACAGCUGUGAAGUCAUGUGCUGUGGGAGAGGCUACAACACCUCCCGCAUCACCCGGAUGACCAAGUGUGAGUGUAAGUUCCACUGGUGCUGCGCUGUGCGCUGUCAGGACUGCCUGGAGGCCCUGGACGUGCACACGUGCAAGGCCCCCAAGAGCGCCGACUGGGCAACCCCUACAUGACCCCAGCAGAGGUCACCAUCCACCUUUCCUCCCGCAAGGACUCCACUGGAUCUGUAAGGACACUGGACCUUUGAGUUCACCCUGGGGGGAUAUUUCCUAAGGCAUGUGGCCUUGGUCUCAACAGAGCUCCUUCUCCCUCCCUGAGGGCCCCAGGACUGAGGGCCAUGUUCUGCACAUAAAACAUACCUUAUUCUAUCCGUCUUCCGGCAUUCUGGGGUCACCUCUCUUUCUGGUGAGUUUGGUGAGUUCUCUUUGGAAAUAGCAUGACAGGCUGUUGGGGUGAGGGUGGUGGGCCCAGACCACUGUCUCCACCCACCUAGACUUCUUUCUAGAACAGUUGGCCGGGGAGAAAAGAGAGUCUCACAGGAGCCUUCUCUGUGUCUUCCAACAAAUGCUCACAGUUAAGAAAUUCCAUACUUCUUUCCGGGAAGGGGGGGCAGGUAAAGUAAAGAAAGCAAAAUCAAAUGCCACUGAAGUAACUUUAUUUCUUAAAAAGACCAAGCAAGGCUUUUUUCUGAUCAGGUGAUUUUCACAGCUGCCACCCACAGGGAUAAUUGGUAAUUGCCUGGAGAAGGAUGGCUUUCAAUAAACUUCAGGUUUAAAAUGCAUAUUUUCUAAGACAUUUAUUGCCAUAAUAAAAUCUGAUGUAACAAGGUGGGAAUGUGUGUCUUUUGGUGCUGUAGCAUGUUGAAUCUUCACAAUAGCAAAAGCCUCAGAAAGUGAUUGCAUUACUGUCCCCUCGAUAUAAAGAAUCUUUAGGAAAUGAAACUUCCUUGUCACUUGGUAUCUGAAGGAAAUUAGAAGAUGGACAAUCGUCUGUAGCUACUAGGUGAACAUGAUGGAAAAUAAUGUAGUGAGUGGAAUAUUAGAAAAUGUGUCUGUACAGAUAAAGAAAAAGCGGGGGCAUUAAAUUCCUAUCUGGUCUUAUGCAUGUGAC